CAGAAUUUACACUCUAUGAGGGACAUCAGUAUUUCUCUCUAUGAAGGACAGCAGUACCCACAAUCUAUGAGGGACAUCAAUGUUUCACUCUAUGAAGGACAGCAGUACCCACAAUCUAUUAGGGACAUCAGUAUUUCUCUCUAUGAAGGACAGCAGUAUCCACAAUAUAUGAGGGACAGCAGUAUUUCACUCCAUGAAGAACAGCAGUACCCACAAUCUAUGAGGGACAUCAGUAUUUCUCUCUAUGAAGGACAGCAGUACCCACAAUCUAUUAGGGACAUCAGUAUUUCACUCUAUGAAGGACAGCAGUACCCACAAUCUAUGAGGGACAUCAAUGUUUCACUCUAUGAGGGACAGCAGUACCCACAAUCUAUGAGGGACAUAAGUACGCACAAUCUAUGA